AUGAACGUAAUCGGCCGCAGCUGGCCACCCCGAGCAGAGAAGUUGUCGGAGAAUGAGCUGGCUUUCGCCAUCUUUUACGCGUGGUGGCCCUCCGCACUGUUCCUGCUCGCCAUCUCCCUCUUGGGCGCCAUCGCAACCUAUGUGCAGCCCGUGCUGCUAGACUCCUUCCUCGGCUUCUUCGCGUCGUACGGUGAUGGCGGCGUUCCGCAACCAAAGGAAGUUGGAGUCACCAUUGCCGUCGCAGGCCUGCUCGCCAACCUGCUCACUAUUCUCCUGACCACUUGGUCUUCGUACCUGGGAGGGAAGUUGGGAAUCACGGCGCAAUCUGCUCUCACCUCCUUGAUCGUGCAGAAAAGCAUGAUCUUGUCACCCUCAGCCAAGAAAGAGUUCACCGCCGGCGCCAUCAUGACCCGCGUCACUGCCGAUGUGUCGACCCUAGCCGGAGCUUUCAACAACGUAGCUACGAUCUGGACCGGCUUCUGGCAGAUCAUUUUCGGCACUGCGAUCGUGUACACGCAGCUCAGAUGGCCCACCUUCGUGGGUAUUGGCUUGUUACUCUUGAACGGACCGCUAUCGACGAAAGUGGGGGGGAAGGUGGGGUACUGGAUGGGCAAAAAGAACGACAUAAUGGACACCCGAAUGACCUUAACCCAGGAGUUGUUCCGGAGCAUCAAGAUGGUCAAGGCGGCCACCCUCGAGGGCAUCUUCACGGCCAAAGUCGAGGAGAUCCGUCGCAAGGAGCUCGUGCCUAUCAAGACCCGAGCGAAAGCCAACAUGUUGAUGUUCUUCUUCGGCACCGGGUACCCGACGGUGGCAUACCUCAUCAUGCUCGUGGUCUAUUCCGUGUCGACCCUACCUACCCUCGAUGCCAACAGGGUCUUCGUGUCUCUCGUCGCCUUUCAACUGUUCCAAACGACCUUGUCGCACAUGCCGCACAAGUAUGGAGAGCUGCGCGGUGCCUUCGCAUCCCUCAAACGCGUUCAGAACCUGCUGGUCGCUUCCGAAGUGUCGAGUCGUGAUACCCUCACCGAUGAAAUCACAUCUGUAGAUGCUACUCUGAAAGUCCCCAAUCACAACGACAAUAUCGCCAUCUCGAUCGUGACAGGAACGUUCUCGUGGGCCCACAUCACUUCCCCAACCCUUUCGUCCAUCAACCUUUCAGUCAACAAAGGUGAACUCGUAAUCGUCGUUGGUCCUACUGGAGCCGGCAAAUCCACGUUACUAGCAUCCAUCCUGGGCGAUGUUGAGUCGAGCACUGGUGUAGUUCACGUUUCCGGCCGCAUCGCGUACGUUGCUCAAAAACCCUGGAUUCUCAACGACACCGUCAAAGGCAACAUCCUUCUCGGCGAAGUGUAUGACGAAGCGUGGUUUCGUAAAGUCACCCGCGCGUGCGGUCUCGUUCCAGACAUCCACGCACUAUCGGAUGGUGUCGACACGUCAGUGGGGGAUAAGGGAGGCACGCUGUCGGGAGGACAGCAAGCUCGACUAUCGAUUGCGCGUGCUGUAUACCGAAGGGACGCCGACAUAUACCUAUUGGACGACCCAUUCUCCGCGCUGGAUGCACAUGUCGCCACGCAUGUCUACAACCAGCUCUUGGGCAAGGGCGGUUUGCUUUCCGGGAAGACCGUCGUUUUGGUCACCCACGCUGAAAAGUUCCUCCCAUUCGCCGAUCAGAUCGUUCGCAUAACGGACGGCAGCGUCAGUGAACAUGGUAGCCCACGUUCUUUGGGCCUUGAACCUGCCGUUGUGAAUGCCUCCGUUGAUCUCGCCUCUGGGGACGUUCCGGAUGAUCAAGUCAAAUGGAAUGCUUCCGAGGUCAAGGAAGAUGCAAACGUCGAGAAAGCUUCGAGCAAAGCGAAUCAGUGGAGCGCAUACCUUCGUUACUUCAAGGCUUGCUCAACCCCUGUUCGACUCGCUUGGAUUUUCACCAACUUACUGAACGCCGGUAUUACUCUCGGCUCUCGAUUCUUCUUGGCAUACUGGCAAAACGAUAUCAAUGCUAGCGGGACGUUCGAGAAGCCUCUCGGGAUCUACCUGGCCGGUUUCGGCGCCUUGACCAUAGUUGCGUCGAUCCUCAGCUUUGUCCCUAUGUAUAUUUUCAUGGGAUUUGCCGGAAUCCAAGCCUCGGCUACGAUUCACGCCUCCAUGUUCCGGCGACUUAUCCACAUGCCACUGCGCUUCUUCGACGAUAACCCACUGGGUCGUAUUGCCAACCGAUUGUCGGAUGACCUCGAGUAUGUCGACAUAUAUAUACCUCCUAACGUCCAUAUGACGGCCGCUUUACUUCUCAUACUUCUGAUCGACAUUUUGCCGGCCAUCAUCACUCUUCCGAUUGUCUUGCUGCCUGUCGCUGUUACCGCCAUUGGUUUCGGCUUCCUCGCCAAGAUUUUCCUCAACAUAUCCACCCCGGUCAACCGCCAUUCCAUGAUCAUGAUGUCCCCCAUCGCCAGCUCCCUCAUCGAAGUCGCCGAGGGCAGCGACACCAUCCGUGCGUUUGGCCUCCGAUCCCACUUCCUCGACAAAGUGCUCGAAAAAGUAUCUGACCGCCAGCGCUACGCUUUCCUCAACGUCUCUCUCCAAGCAUGGCUUUCGAUCCUGACCCAGCUAUGUGGCGCCUUCCUGGUCGCUGCCGUCGGAAUCGUAGCUGUGCUUUCGCCAUCGUCCGUGUCGUCGGCCUCGGCCGGGCUGAUGCUCACGUACCUCAUGUCCAUCACGCAAGAUUUGAAUAUGUUUGUCGUCUUGUUCUCCUUCUUAGGUGCCAUGACUGCGCCGUUUGGUCGGGUUAUCGAGUACAUGGAUCUUGUUCAGGAGAAGGAUUUGACGGAACCGGCUGUCGAUAUUCCGGCGCAAUGGCCGACCGAAGGCAGGAUCGAGUUCCGCGACUACUCUCUGCGAUACACGGAGGAUGCUCAGCCGGUGUUGAAGAAUUUGACCUUGGUCUUUGAGGCCGGCUCAAAGAUUGGAGUGUGUGGUAGAACGGGCGCUGGGAAGAGCUCCCUUGCGCAGGCGCUGCUGCACUUCAUCGACUAUCGAGCGAGCGCGGCCCGCUCUACGACGGUCGAUAUCUCAGGAGAGAACUCCGAGCCGCUCUUAUCCGGUAGCAUCCUGAUCGAUGGUAUCGACAUUGACUCCAUCCCAUCCUCCACGCUGCGCUCGAAAGUUGGGCUCGUAACUCAAGAGCCUGUCCUCUUCUCGCAAACGAUUCGAUUCAACAUGGAUCCUUUCAACGAGCAUACGGACCAGGCCAUCUGGGCUGUGCUGGAAGAUAUCGGCCUCAAAAAGUAUGUGCAGGACCUGGAAGGAGGCCUGGAUCAUAAGGUCGAGGAGGGAGGGUCGAACUUCUCCGUAGGACAGCGACAGAUCCUCAGUCUCGGUCGCGCCGUUCUCAGGGAUGCCAAGAUCAUCAUCCUGGACGAAGCGACUGCCUCGGUCGACUCCGCCACCGACGCGGCCAUGCAGCGCAUCAUCACCACCCGGUUUGCGGGCAAGACGGUCAUUUCCAUCGCUCAUCGAAUCGAUACCAUUUGUGCAAGUGACAAAGUGUUGGUCCUGGAUGCGGGUACUAUCCAGGAGUUCGACGACCCUCGCCGCCUACUGGUGAAUAAAUCGUCGGCGUUUGCGAAACUUCACGAGCGGCAAUGAGUUAUUUGCGACGGGAUCCGGUUGACUUGAUAGCGGCGAGAUUCGCACAUGAAGCGAUAGAAGUAAUCGCAAUGGGAUCUGUGUUAGCACCCUAGUAUAUAUCUAAAUCCGUUGGGGACCUGCUUUUGUUCCGGCACCAAUAACUCUCCAGUAUCAGUGAAGUGGCAGUCCCUUGAUCGUUGUCCCCGAAGUUCGCGGACGGCCCAGCGGGCACGUGAUGGAGGGCUCAGUUUAUUUCCGGAUUAAAAGCAAGCGUGUCUUCAUAACUUCAUACGCAACUACCUAAUCAAGUUCAUACGGG